UUGUUCCGCCCGAAAAGCCCCUAAAAUGGCGCCGGGGGAGACGGUGAAGGUUGCCGCCUGCCUGAGUGGGCUCUAGUCCGCCGUCACCCCGUGCCCUCUUCCCCCGGCGGCAGGCCCAUGGCCUGGCGGAGGCCCGGACCAUGGACCUCCAUACCGCCGUGUACAAUGCCGCCCGCGAUGGCAAGCUGCAGCUGCUUCAGAAGCUGCUCAGCGGCCGGAGCCGGGAGGAGCUGGAGGAGCUGACGGGCGAGGUGGCCAGCGGGGGAACACCACUGCUAAUCGCCGCCCGCUACGGCCACUUGGACGUGGUCGAGUACCUGGUGGACCGGUGCGGCGCGAGCGUGGAAGCAGGCGGCUCGGUGCACUUCGAUGGCGAGACCAUCGAGGGCGCGCCGCCGCUGUGGGCAGCCUCUGCUGCGGGCCACCUGGACGUGGUGCGGAGCCUGCUGCGCCGCGGGGCCUCGGUGAACCGCACCACACGCACCAACUCGACGCCCUUGCGCGCCGCCUGCUUCGACGGGCACCUGGAGGUGGUGCGCUACUUGGUGGGCGAGCACCAGGCGGACCUGGAGGUGGCCAACCGGCACGGGCACACGUGCCUUAUGAUUUCCUGUUACAAGGGCCACCGCGAGAUCGCCCGCUACCUGCUGGAGCAGGGCGCCCAGGUGAAUCGGCGCAGCGCCAAAGGCAACACGGCCCUGCACGACUGUGCUGAGUCUGGCAGCCUGGAGAUCUUGCAGCUGCUGCUCGGGUGCAACGCCCGCAUGGAACGUGACGGCUACGGUAUGACCCCGCUGCUGGCGGCCAGCGUGACGGGCCACACCAACAUCGUGGAGUACCUCAUCCAGGAGCAGCCUGCUGGGGAGGAGACCCGGCCAGGGCUGUCCCGAGAAGGCCCCACCGCCAGCCCGGCGUGCGUGCAGCCCCAGAGCCCCCGCUGCUGCAGCGCCUCCCCAGAGGAGCCGCUGAGCGGUGAAUCUUCCGAGAGCUGCUGCCCCACCAGCCGGGAAGCUGCCGUUGAAGCCUUGGAAUUGCUGGGAGCCACCUACGUGGAUAAGAAGCGGGAUCUGCUUGGGGCCCUGAAACACUGGAGACGGGCCAUGGAGCUGCGUCACCAAGGGGGUGCGUAUCUGCCCAAACCCGAGCCCCCCCAGCUGGUCCUGGCCUAUGACUAUUCCAGGGAGGUGAACACCGCUGAGGAGUUGGAGGCACUCAUCACCGACCCGGAUGAGAUGCGCAUGCAAGCCCUGUUGAUCCGCGAGCGCAUCCUGGGGCCCUCCCACCCGGACACUUCUUACUAUAUCCGUUACCGGGGCGCGGUGUAUGCCGACUCGGGCAACUUCGAGCGCUGCAUCCGCCUGUGGAAGUACGCCCUGGACAUGCAGCAGAACAACCUGGAGCCUCUGAGUCCCAUGACCGCCAGCAGCUUCCUCUCCUUUGCCGAACUCUUCUCCUACGUGCUUCAGGACCGCUCGGCCAAGGGCAGCCUGGGCACGCAGAUCGGCUUUGCAGACCUCAUGGGGGUGCUGUGCAAAGGGGUGCGGGAAGUGGAGCGGGCCCUGCAGCUGCCCAAGGAGCCCGGGGACUCGGCGCAGUUCACCAAGGCCCUGGCCAUCAUCCUCCACCUGCUCUAUCUGCUGGAGAAAGUGGAGUGCACUCCCGACCAGGAGCACCUGAAGCACCAGACGGUCUACCGGCUGCUCAAGUGCGCCCCCCGCGGCAAGAACGGCUUCACCCCUCUGCACAUGGCCGUGGACGCGGAGACCACGAACGUGGGCCGCUACCCGGUGGGCAGAUUCCCCUCCCUCCAGGUGGUCAAGGUGCUGCUCGACUGCGGGGCUGACCCAGACAGCCGGGACUUUGACAACAACACCCCGCUGCACAUCGCGGCACAGAACAACUGCCCCGGGAUCAUGAACGCCCUGAUCGAAGCAGGAGCCCACAUGGAUGCCACCAACGCCUUCAAGAAGACGGCCUACGAGCUGCUGGAUGAGAAACUGCUGGCUAAGAGCACCAUUCAGCCCUUCAACUACGUCACCCUACAGUGCCUUGCAGCCCGCGCCCUGGACAAAAACAAGAUUCCCUACAAGGGCUUCAUCCCUGAGGAGCUGGAGGCCUUCAUCGAGCUGCACUGACGGGCUUCCACGAGGAGACCCUGGGAGGGGCGGGGCCCAGUCUGUCCCCGCCCCCUCCUGGUGAGCACUUCCGGUGGCACAAAACAGGAGGAGGGCCUCCCGCCCGCACUGCCCUCUCACCUCUGUAGGGAGGAGGAGAGGAGUUAGCGAGCUGUUGGUGCUAGAAGCCUUCUGGAUCACGUGCUCUGGGAUCGGCCUUUCUCAAGAGCCGGCGCUUCCAUCCUUAACCCGAGAAGACGCUCCACUUCCCACGCGUCCCAUCUGCCUGGGUUUCGGAGAUUUUUUUGCCUUCUGACCUGGAGGCAGAGGGAUUGAAGCCAUCGCCUUCCUCCCCCCAGCUGGAAACACAAGAAGCAGCUGAGAUUUGGGUCGGUCCUCGGCCUCUUAAGUGGCCAGAUAGACCCAGCCGCCGAAUGCAGUGUUAAGACUGGGGGCCUCAAGGAAGAAAAGUGGGAGACCUGCUUUUUCGUGCACACUCGCACCUGCUUCCUCCAGCCCUGCUGUGGGUGGGGCUCUCUGCCCAGGACGGCCUGCCCCUCGCGUGGCUUUUGUGGUGUGGUGUUCUGUUUAUUUGCUAAGUGGGGCAGGUUACACGUGUGGUGCAGGAGUCCUGAGGCUUUGCUGCCAUACACUUUUUUUUUUUUUUUUUUAAGAUUUCGGUUUGUCAGACUGAAUGAGCUCAUUUCAUGCAGCGAGGGUUUUGUGGGGCCUGAGCUGGCCAAGGCCAGUAGGAGUAAGCUUUCUUAUGUGAAGAAUUUGGUGAGGGAGGUGCCAGUCCAUGGUAUCAGUCCCCAAAACGAGGGUGACUGUCCCUUUGUCCAAACCUCACUCGGUUGCCUUUUUCUUGGGCCGCCCGACUUCCUGUCGCAACUAGAAAGAGAAGUUAUUUUUUCAAACGAGGAGCCGGGCCCUCGGUCCACUUCCCGCCCAGCCAGAGCUCACCUGGUGGGCUUGGGGUUUGGUUUUCACAGUUUCCGAGUUAAAACUGCAGGCCACGUCCACCUCCCAGAUCACCCACGAGGGCAUGGCGAGCAUCCUGAGUGGCCAUAGGCAUUUUUUUUAUUAGCAGCUUGAAGACCUGGAUCCAGGUGUCCCCAAGAAAACUCCAAGUUCCCGGUUAACUCAGUAAGUCAGCCAGCUGAGAAGACGGUGAAUGUCCAGAACAAGUUGCCAGCUGAGGUGGCACAAAAUCGUGGUCUCCCCUCACUCAGGGGACAGAGUGCUCCUGCCAGAGGCUCCGCCCCGGUGACAUUCUCUGGGCAGUGGUCCUCCAUCUGCCCUGUUCUUGGCCCAUGUGGAGAGCAGUGAAGGAACCGGGAGCUACUGCCCCCUCUCUGCUCAGGAGAAGAGUCUCCUCACCCCACAUCUGUCCGCCCAGCCUCGUCUGGGGCAGCUACACAGAAGCCUCCAGAAGCCACAGUGGGUCCCUGGAUGUUCCAGCCCACUGAGGGAACGCGGUCUCAUUUGGAUUUGCAGUGUUAGUUAGGACCUUCUUUAUUUACACGACCAGGUUUUUGCCUUCCAUCAAGGCGUGAAACUCCAUCACUGUCGCUCCCGAAGCCCAGAAUAAAGAGGCGUUUUAAGUGGCGA